AUGUUUAAACACUUUCGUCGCGGUGGCCGCCGUGUCAGCCUCCCCGUCGACGAACCAGCUCUCGCGCCGCCUUCGCGCAAGAACAAGAAGCGCUUUCGCAAUGUCAAGCGCCUAUCCGUUCUCGUCGUCGCCGUGACCAUCAUGGCCACUGGCUUCAUGGCCACCAAAAGCUCCUCAUUUUCCCUCCGCUCGUCUUCCUCGUCCUGGGACGGCACCGUCACCCUCGCCCAGCUCCAGAACCUCUCCUACCCUCGCCCGCACCCCUCCUCCUCCUCCUCCGCACACGACGCCGCCGGCAGCACCACCCGGCGCCUCCGCAUCUUCAUGCCCGCCGACGGCCCGCACCUGAACCUCUGCAAGUCCGUCAUGUCCUCCGUCGCCCUCGGCUACCCGCUGCCGAUCCUGCUCAACUGGAAGGGCGAGUUCAACCGACCCGAGUGGCACCUCGCCGGCAGCCACAUCGCCAAGCUCGAGAGCCUGCACGCCGCCAUCGACGCCCUGCUCUCCGACCCCCGCGGCACCGCCCACGAAGACGACCUCGCCGUCCUGGUCGACGCCCACGACGUCUGGUUCCAGCUGCCCCCGUCGGUGCUCAUCCGGCGAUACCACCAGAUCAACAAGGAAGCCGACAAGCGGGUGCGCGACCAGUGGGAGAAGGAGUUCCAACGCAGCGGCGGCGAGGACUUCCCAAUACCGCCGCCCAGGCAGCGCAUCGUCGUCACCUCCGCCAAGGACUGCCACCCGGGCCCGCAGUCCGGUUCGGACCCGCACUACGACCACUGGCCGCAGUCGCCCAUGCCGGCCUUCAUGUACGGCCCGGGCACCGACCGCGUGUCCGGCCCGCUGUUCGACUCGGCGCGGCGCUUCCGGCGGGUGCGCCCGCGGUGCGUCAACAGCGGCAUGAUCAUGGGCACCAUGGGCGCGCUGCGCGACGCGCUCGCUCGAUCGAGGGAAAAGGUCGCCGCCGCGGAGCGCGCCGGCCGCCAGCUCUGGAGCGACCAGGCGCUCCUCGGCGAGGUCGUCGGCGAGCAGGAGCUCUGGCGGGAGUGGGCGCGCCACCUCGGCGCCACCUGGGACUCUGAGGCGGGCGAGAGCAAAUCCGUUGGCGUGCACAGGGACGCAAGGCCGGUGGCGAGAGCAGCGCUGGAGGAGGGCGGGAACUUUGAGUUUGGCAUCGGCCUCGACUACGGCUUCGCGACGAUCCCGCCGACGUGCAGCGCCGAGGAGGACGGGUACUUUGUGCGCCUGGAUGAUCGCGAGCAGGUCGAGGCCGAGUCGGAGCGCGCUGGCGUCGUCGACGGCGUGCGCGUCAAGGGCGUGCCCCCGGAGCUGCUCCCCGCGGCCGCCGGGAGCAACGACGCGAGGGACGCCGGCAAGUACCGCGAUCCCCUGCGCGACGUCACCUGGGGGGAGGUCCCGCUGUACACGGACUUCUACUUCGGCACCACGCCCGUGGGCAUCCACCACAACGCCUACGUCGACAACCUCAAGGCCUGGCGCAUCGAGAACUGGUGGGAGCGCAUGUGGUUCUACCCGCAGCUGCGCCGCCUCGUCUCGGCACACCUCAUCACCCCGCAGACCGGCUCCGGCGUCCGCCCCAUCCUCCGGCUUCCCGCGGAGAGGACCGGCGACGGUGAGGGGGAGGUUGUGUACAUGCCGCCGGCGUCGGAGGGUCGUGAGAAGGCGGUGACGGUGUUUGAGCCGGCCACGGAUGGCGGCAAGGCCGUCUUCUCGCCGAUAUCGUGGGACGGCAUCUGCCAAAAGGGUAAGAAGCCGUGGUUCGAGGAACUGUUUGGCGACAACAUUGGCCCGUUGGCCCUGUAA